AGUCCGCGCGCCGCACGCAUGCGCGACUACCCUCACAGCUUCAAUCGAUAGUGCAGUGUCGAAACAGCCUGUUGGGCUCCGGUUAUUUUCCCUUAUUUUCCCGAUUAAUCGUCGUUUUUUCGGUUGAAACUGUGAAGUAAUUCGCCACGGUGUCGGUGUCAAGUAGCGUGCUACCAGGUGCCAUCACGAUGAAGAUGCUAGCGCCCCACGACGGUCCCGACAUAGCGCCAGUCGACUCAGCUGGCGAGCUGCAUGGCGCCACGCUGUGGCUGGUGGUGUGUGGUGCCGCGGUGCUGGUGGCGGCUGCGCUGGGUGCCCUCGCCUGCUGGAUCGCCCGCCGCAGGAACUCGCUUGCUCACAAACUUGGAGGCAAGCGUGGUCCGGACAAGGCGCUGGUGUUCCAGCCCCCACGGCGCGCGACUGCCGUCCGCUCCCCCGGCUCAGCCACCCACUACCUGCGCAAGUCCCCGUCGCCGACUGCGCCCGCGCCACCGGCCUCGUCCCCGCCGCAGCCCGCGCCGCAGACGCCGGCUGUCAAUCCUGCUACCACGCCGACUGGCGGCAACAGCCCGCAAUCGCCGCUCGCGCCCACCGAGCCGGCCCCGCUCAGCAAGGAGCUCGCCGAUGCCAAUGCCACCGAGAAGACCAAGACUACCGAACCUGAGAGCAAUGACGGACGACUUGGUGAUCUGCACUUCAAGUUGCGCUAUGAGACGGAGAAGAACGCGCUGGUGGUGUCUGUGGUCUCCUGCCAGAACCUGCCUGGCCGCGAGCCUGCCGGACCUGAUCCGUACGUCAAGCUGCAGCUGCUGCCUGACAAACAGCAUAAGGUCAAGACCAGGGUUGUCCGCAAGACCCGCUGCCCCGUGUACGACGAGGACUUCACCUUCUACGGCAUCUACCAGCACCAGAUCUCGCUCAUCACCCUGCACUUCGUUGUCCUCAGCUUUGACAGAUAUUCCCGCGAUGAGAUAAUCGGCGAGGUGGUGGCCCCGCUGACGAGCCUGCAGCUGCAGAGUGGCGAGCCCAUGGCCCUCUGCCGUGAGAUCCAACCACGCAGCCUGAAGAUGCGUAGCGUGGGCCGCGGCGAGGUGUUGGUGUCGCUGUGCUGGCAGCCGGCGGCCGCGCGCCUCACCGUCGUGCUGCUCAAGGCGCGCAACCUGCCCAAGAUGGACGUCACCGGACUCGCUGACCCCUACGUGAAAAUGUACCUGCUUUACAACGGGCAGCGCAUCGCCAAGAAGAAGACCCACGUGAAGAAGCGGACGCUGAACCCGGUGUUCAACGAGUCGUUCGUGUUCGAGGUCCCGGCCGCGCCCAACGCCACCCUCGACCACGUCUCCCUCGAGCUGCUCGUGCUCGACUGGGACCGGGUCACUAAGAAUGAGGUGAUCGGUCGGCUGGAGCUGGGCGCGGUGGGCGCGGGCAGCGCGCGGCACCACUGGCGCGAGGUGCAGGCCGCGCCGCGACGACAGAUCGCCGACUGGCACAAGCUCAAGGAGUGAACUCACAUCUCUGCUCGCACCGCCUGAUCUUGUAGCCCCUGGAAUUACAUACAAACUGGGGAUCACUGAGCAGUGCGAGAGGGAUGGAGCUAUACAACCUACAUAGCUCCGUCCCUCUUGCACUGCUCAGUGAUCGACCAUUCUGACACAAUUGUAAUAGCAGACUAAGGCCCCUGGUUCGCUAAAAACAUCUCCUAAUCUUUGGUAGGUAGCUCCUAUUCAUACAUCGUAGGGGAGAUCUCCAAACAUAUAAUUGUCUAGGAUAUCUCUGAAGAAGUAAUCAUCGUGUAAGAACACCAUGAUGUUGAAAAUGAAGCAAGAUGUUUUGGGGAACUGCCCAAAAUAAUUCCUAAUGAAGUAUGAUGGAUGAUGAUCAUAAUAAUGAAAUAUGAGCAAAAAAGUGGCGACAACUUCUAAGAAAAGGUCCUAAUGGCUACAUGAUCAGGUUCCAAGUGCAGUCAUCACGUUUCCCCAUCCCUCUAACCCUACAACAUUUGAAUUGCCUAAAAUGCGUAACUUAUUAUACAAUCGUAUGAGUUUUACUUUUAAAAUAUCGGACAGAUAUAUUCGGUUUGAUUAACGUCUAAAUACUGAAACGCUGCCCAAAAUUUUAUGCAAAGGCAUAUUCCACAUUCCCUGAAGUAAGACGUAAAUUUUGAACAAUAUGGAAAUUACAACUGAGCUAUGAAGUAAUGUCUUGUUUGGUAUUUUUAAAAUGUGUGUAGUGUUUCAGUAUUAAGACGUAGUUUCACUUAUUAUUCUUGCACAGUUUAUAGAAAUAACGGCCAAGCCAAAGUCCAGUGGUGGUUUCCAAGCGUUUUAUUUAGACUUAAUUUGUAAACUAAAAAAAAAAUGAUAUUGUAUAUUAGAUAGAAGAAAUUAUUUGGAAUUUAUUCGCGUGGAAUAUUUGUAUAUUUGUUUGUUUGUAAGCGCACAGCAUCCCAUCCCCCUUCCCAAGUAACUGACGGAUUAUAAUAAACGUAAAUUCAUGUUUAUCUGUACCCUUAGUACGAGUUUGCUUUACGUUGAACGAAAACGAAACGAGAGCGCGUUCGGCGCAUUGAUUGGCCGGCUCGAAUGAACCAACCAAUCAGAGCGCCGAACAUGCUCUCGUUUCGAUUACUUUAAACGUAAAGCAAACUCAUACUAAGGGGACUGAAUGUAGAUUAAACGUUUUGAAACGGGAGGGAAGUUCCAAAUAUAACAUUUUAAAAACUAUCAUCAUAAAAUAGUCUGUCCUAAGCAGAAUGCUCAAAAUUGUACAGAAAAUUAUGAAGAACUCGACAGUUUAAAAAAUUAAAAACUCCCGUUUCAAUAUCUUCUUAUUAUCUACAUAUCUAAUUAUAAGAACACUUGAUGUAUUGGAACUCAUACCUUAUGGAUUUAGCUUUACGACCCUGAAUCCCAUGCUCCUAAACGUUAACUAAUGCUAUCUCUUACUAACGGUAAAAAGAAAGAUGGCCGACUUCAGACCUGUCAAAUUUGACAGUUCAAAAAAUCAACCUGUCUCUUUCUAGUAACCAAUGUUAGUGAGAGAUAGCAAUAGUUUUAUUUAAUAGGUGUACCAGCAAACCUUUGCUAAACCCUAACAAGCUAUUAAUUAGCAUAGUCGUAUUUAAUUUCCAAUUUAGCUCUCAUCACAUUCUGGAUAAAUGUUAUUGAUCAAAAUUAUUCAAAAAUAUCUACAGACAAAUCUGUAAUUCUAAAACUUUGGUACCUAGUCACUAGUUUCUUUCAUUAGGUAUCUAGGUACAUCCUAAAUAAAUACCUACAAUAAAAGUACAGUAACUGUAGAAACUGUCAGUUUAACUCAUUUACACAGCAGUCAGCAUGCGCAGGAUUCGAAAAAAAAAUACUCAUUGAUCAACUAGAACAUAACAUGUAUAGUUUUUAGGUUAGAAAAAUAAAUCUAUUUUAUACCUAAAGUUACUUUAAUAGUUGUUUAGGUAUGUGUAAAGCUCAGAACGAAGCUUCAAAACUGUCGUAAUUUCAUAGUGUCGCUGUGUCACGAUAGAUGGCGCUGUUCUUAAUUUCAUGUCAUAAUAUGUCAACGUAUUUUUUGAAAUCGUAGCAGAUGUAAUUGUUUAUUCAUCGAUAAUGUAAUUUGUGUCAGAAAAUUAGUAGUGGACAAUAUACGAAUUAUAAUUUAUUUUCCAUAAUAUAUGUAUGUACAGUUAUUCUGUGUGGAUAUUGGAACCAACGCUAUUGUAUUUACUAAUAUUCAUUGUAGUUGUGGAUUUAAACGUAUGUAGACGUCAAUAUCCCUUUAUUAUAAGUAACUCCAUACUUAUAACAUUCCAAAUUAUUAAAAAAAACUGUAAAUAGUCAUUGCUUGGAUCAUCGGUAAACCGCUUUCUCAUUCUAAUUGUUAAAAUAAGAAAUUAUAAUUAGAUUUAAGAACUUACUAUAAUAAAAACUACACUUCAUUUAAGAUGAUGGUAGACAUUUUAACGAGCUAUUCUGAACUCUAUUCAUCAGACAUAAGAGUUGAAUUAACAAUGCAAAAAUGUAUUUGCAAUUGAUGCAGAUGCUUAUAGUCUUAUGAUAAGCGUAUUAAAGAUCAAAAUCGCUUGAUCUAACUGCAGUUUUAAGUUGGUUAAAUUGUCUAACAUAAUUUUAGAUGAAGUAUAAAUGUUUCCGUUUUAAAAAUCUCGUGUGUUUACUUUCUAAGUACUAGAUACUUAAUUUGUAUUUAAUUUCAUAAAUGUACAUGUGUCGUAGAUGAAACAUGCGAAACUGGUUCUUAUCGCUAAAGGCAUAAGAUCUGUUUUGUUACUAGGAUAUGCUGUAAGUAAUUUGGAAACUGACGAAGUAUUUUAGUUUGAUUAUUUUUGAAAGCAAUGAAACAGAUCUUAGGUUUCAUUAAUAAAAUUAAUGUUGCAAUUUGUACUGAGACAUUUAUCAAUAUCGAUACUUCACAAGAAGUAAUAAAAAACACUAAUUUUGACAUACAUACAUACAUAUACAAUAGGGAUGAUGACGGUGUAUGAAAAUUAAAAAUCUAUUUAGUCCGUCAGUUAGGUAAUGAAAAAUAUUAGACACGUAUUUUUUAUUUUGUCAUAUAAGAUAACAAAACUUAGAUAAAACGAAUCAAAGUUAAGCAAAUACGUCAUUUCUACGUAUAAAAUGUACAUAGAAGUGACGUCACACGAUAUUUCAAAUCAAUAUAUCUUCGAAAGUAUUUGUUUGCGUAAGAAAAUAAAUAAUACGUGUCUAAUGUUUUAAAAUGAUCUACAAGACGGACAUUAAAAUAAAAAAUAGUCAUCUACCCUAUUCUAUAAUAGUCGCUACAUACAAUACAUUACUAAUGUCAAAAAAGUCGGAACGUCAACAAAAUCUACGUCACAAAAUGUCGUAUUUUUCGACAUUUUCUUUCCGAGUUGAUGAAUGUCUGAGUAAAGCAAGUUACCAGCUAUAUACCAGCACUGUAGUAUACUAGACCACGUCAUCCAAAUCACAAAUAUCAGAAUUGUAUACUAAGGGAAUUUUAGUGAAUAAAAUUUAUUGACUGGUGCUUUCACAAUA